CUCCCCUCUUUGACCUGCAGCUCUUCUCAGCUGCAGAUCUCACUGCUCUGAAGAUCAAGGAGAAGCAAAUUUCUUCAGCAGCCCUGGAAUCUCCAGAGUGGGUAUUUGUGAAACCAGCUACUUUGAUUAAAAUUCUGUUGGACUCUGCUUGGCUAAUAAAUCUCUGCAAGAUUUCAUCAUGGGAAAUGGCUAUUACAACAUAGUGGCCACUGUGCUAUUGGUCAUGAAUCUUGAGAGGACACGAUCAUUGCAGGAUUUCUGUAACUGUUCAGCAGGUACUUUCUGUGGGAAAAGCAGUCCAGAGCUUUGCAUUUCUUGUCCUUUAAACAGUUUCUCCAGCACAAGUGGACAGAAGUCCUGUGACAUAUGCAGAAAGUGUGAAGGUAUUUUCAGGAUCAAGAAGCCGUGUUCCUCCACCAGCAAUGCAGAGUGUGAAUGCAUUCCGGGAUUCCACUGCGAAGGGGCAGGAUGUUCCAUGUGUGAAAAGGACUGUAAACAAGGUCAAGAAUUAACAAAUGAGGGUUGUAAAGACUGCUCUUUUGGGACUUUUAAUGAUCGGGAACAUGGCAUCUGUCGACCUUGGACAGACUGUUCUUUGAAUGGAAAGGCUGUCCUUGUAAACGGGACGAAGGAAAGUGACGUAGUGUGUGGACCACCAUCAUCUGACUUCUCUCCAGAUACAUCCUCCACCAUCGUGCCUGCCCCUGGGAGAGAGUCAGGUCUCACCUCCCAGAUCAUCAUCUUCUUCCUUGCCCUGACAUCAGCUGCCAUGCUGUGCCUGGCGUCCUUCAUGGUUCUCCGUUUCUCUGUGAUUAAACAGGGCAGAAAGAAGCUCCUGUAUAUAUUCAAACAACCAUUUAUGAGACCAGUACAAACAGCCCAAGAGGAAGAUGCCUGCAGCUGCCGAUUUCCAGAAGAAGAGGAAGGAGAGUGUGAACUGUGAAGAUGUGUUGGGACUCUCUUGAGAAGAAUCGCAGGAGAAAUAUGAAGGAUCCCACUAUUGUACUUUCUAAAACAUCAUUCCAGAUCACACCCAGGAUUACCCCAACAAACUUUUCCUAAAUGCUAGUGAAUUGGUCUUUGAAGAUGUACCACUUUUAACAGAACAGAAAAAUGGGACAGAACUGGUGGUGAAGGGGGCAUUUUGUACAUACUGCUUAAGAGGUUCAGGCUAGUUUUCUUGAAACCAAGAGAAGUAUAUUUUAAAUUUAAUCAUGGAACCCAAUGGUGCAGCUAAAAUGAUAAUCAAAAUCAGUUCUAUUUUUUUUUCUGGUGCUCAUAUGAAGUGUGUCAAUAAGCCGUAAGAUGCAGACAAUAUCCCCGACCAGAUUUUCCAUUGGUUCAAGCAUCCUCAACAAGGGCCUCCUCCACUGUCGGGAGAAAGAAUGAUGACAAUCAUCGUCAUGGCCCAAGUUUGGGAUCAAGAGCAAAAAAAUGAAAAAAAAAAAAAAAGGCAGACCUUGGGACUUCCCUGGUGGUGUAGCAGUCAAGACUCCAUACUCCCAAUGCAGAGGGCACAGGUUUGAUCACUGGUUGGGGAGCUAAGAUUCCCUCAUGCUGUGUGAUGCAGUCAAAAACAAACAAAAAGGGAAAAAAAGAAAAAAAGCAGACCUUGAUGAAGAGUUCUGAAAAGAAUCCAUGGGUAUCCUGUGGUCCUCUCCAUCUUCACAUCUUCUGCCUUUGUCCUACUCCCCUCUGAGUCACAACUUACUUUUUUAUAUUCUUAAAAAACUUAAACCGUAAUAUUUGAUAUACAUAAACUAGGAGACCCACGAACACAUCACCCGACCAAGCAAGAGUUGCCAAACUCCCAUGGGCCAAAUCUGAGAUGCCGUGUGCCUUCAUAUGGUUUUACAUGUAUAAAUAGUUAAAA